CAGGCCAUGAUUGGCAUCGGAAAUUCCAGAAAUCGUUAGUUAUAGUGGGACCGUCGUACCACUAACGUAUAUAUCUCCCUGACGUUGUUUGAAUUUAUACAAACAACAAUGUUUUAUUUCACAUCGUGGAACUUUCGUUAUUUCAACGUAAUUUUCGCUCUUUCGUUGAUUUCCUCUUCACAAUUACUACCUGUUGAACAAAAUAAUAGAACUCCCCGUGCCACAUACGGAAACGACGUCGCACGUAGCCUCAAUGAACUAGCAAAUCCAUGCACUGAUUUUUACGAAUAUACGUGUGGUCAUUGGACAGAUCAUCAUAUUCCCGCCGAAGGAUUUCCAAUUUGGUCAAAUUGGUACAUAAUUUCCCAUGAUCUAAAACCGAAGAUCGAAAACCUGUUGAAGGAUACAGAUUCUGAAACAGACAAUGAGGCAAUUCGAAAAGCACGGAAGGUUUAUCGAGCUUGCAUGAACAAAGCUAAAAUUGAAGAACUUGGUGCUGAACCCAUAAAAUCGAUAAUCAAUGAUAACGGAGGAUGGCCGUUGAUAAUGAAGCCAGGAGAAUGGAGUUCGAAAAAUCUUACUUGGCAACAAAUACACUCGAAAUUGGAGAGAACUCUGGGAACAGGAGCGUUAUAUUCCAUACAGAUAGUGAUAGACCCCAGGAAUUCUUCGGUCCGCAGAUUUGCGAUUUCAGAACCUGAUUUUUUUCUAAAAAAAAAAGAAUUAAUUGCUCCUGGCAAAUUCGCCCUAUCACUGGCCUACAACCUAUACAAAAUUAAAGUAGCCAACGUCUUCAAACGUUCAGAAUCAUCAUUGUCUCAAGAAGAUGAAUUAUUGUCUGAAGGAUAUGAUAGCGCAGAGCGAUACACGGAACUAAGUAAUUUUGAGAGUGAACUGGCCCAGAUUACACAUGAUGAGCAAGGUAUAAAAGAAAUUGAUAAGUGGUACACCUUGAUGACAGUCGACGAGCUGCAGCAACUCUAUGAUAGUGCAAACAUGACCAGUGGAACUGCUAAAAUCAAUUGGCUCGAGACACUUAGAGAUUCAUUGACACUAGUUCCGGAAAUCACUGUGAAUGGAUCAGAACAAGUCAUUGUACCGGGGAAGGAUUUUUUUCCGAAGCUCGCCGAAUUGCUCAACAGAACGUCACCAGAAACUAUCGUGAACUACAUGAUGUGGCGUACAAUUGUCGAUGCAUCGCUUUACACUAAUGAUGAGCUGAGAAAUUUAUUAAUAACUUUGAAUAACAAACGCGUUGGGGCAGAUCCGAUUGGAAGUAGGGAAUACGAUUGUGUGAGUUCCUCACAAAUGGAACGUGCAGUUUCCUACGCCUUCGUGAAAAAACACUUUUCCCCAGAUUCCAAACAAGCGGUACUGGAGUUGGUGGCCAAUAUUCAAGAAGCAAUGAACGCAUACAUUCGACAAUCAUCUUGGCUAGACGAUGAGACUAAGAAAGUGGCCACUGAGAAAAUUGAUGCCAUCACUAAAUUCAUCGGAUAUCCUGAUGAUUACGAUGCUACUAAAAUGGAUGAAUAUUACUCAGAGUACGCACCAACAGACAGCUAUUUCGAGAAUGAAAUGAGACGACGAGUUUUCAUGAUGAAAAAAAUUAUGAGAACUUUGCGAAAACCAACGGAGAAAAACAAGUGGCCAAUCGAGCCGAAUGCGGUCAAUGCAUAUUAUAUAUUAGUAAUGAACACGAUAUUGGUACCAGCUGGAAUUCUCCAGCCCCCUCUCUUCGAUGCGAGUAGGCCUAGCGUCAUUAAUUACGGAAUGAUCGGUGCAACGAUAGGUCAUGAAAUUUCCCACGCCCUGGAUAGCAAUGGUCGACGAUUUGAUAAGAAUGGUAAUGCGGUGACUUGGUGGUCACAACCAGCUAUUGACAAAUAUGAAGAACACGCCCAGUGUUUUAUUCAUCAGUUCAAUAAUUAUACGAUAUACGAGGACGAAUCGCGAUCGAUUCCCGUGAAUGGAAUUUUGACAUUGGAAGAAAAUAUAUCAGACUCUACAGGGCUCCAAGUAACUUGGGAUGCGUACAAGAUAUAUCGCGAAAAGCAUGGCACUAAUGGUGUAAAAAUUCCCGGAUUGGAGCGUUUCACUGAUGAUCAAAUAUUCUUCUUAGCAUUUGGACAUCUUUGGUGUGCGUAUGAGAGUAACAUGUACCUCCAACAGUACAGCCCUGACGACGUUCACAGUCCGGCAAAAGUUCGGGUGAACGGUGCGGUGUCCAACGUCAAAGCUUUUGCCGCGGCGUUCAAUUGCCCAGAAAAUUCGACUGUUAAUCCCUUGAACAAAUGUAAUAUUUGGCAAUGAGAAAUAAAUACUUAACAUGCUUGAAA